AUGGCGUCGAUGGACGAUCUCAUCGCUACCAUCAACGGCGGCAUGCACGUCGGCCAGCAGUCGGGCGAUCUCAAGGAGCUGCACGCAAAGCUCACCCAGACGCUGCACCAGCCCUCGCUCAACCACUAUCGGCCGAUCCCGCCCGCCACGUCCCAGGGCCCCCACGACUCGGAGCCCGUCCCCCCGCCGGCGCCAGUGAGCUCGUGGAACGAGCCCGCGCAGCCGGCCGCGCACCUGCUCAGCUCGGCGGGCUCGGCGUGGUCGACGGGGCUUGGAAACUCGCCACGACAGACACUCGGUGGCGGACCCCUCGUCUCGCCGGCCAAUGGCUCGUCGGUCGCCUUUGUCGGCCGCCGCGAGACGGGCUUCAGUGCGCCGGUCAAGAACGAGCAGCCCAAGGCGCCUAGCUCGAUCCACCGCCCCCACCACAACACGGUACUCCCGUCAAAUGCGUCCCCGGUCGACACGGGCGGCUUCUCGCACGACGCCUUCCGCCCACUGUGGGAGUCGAACGAGCCAAAGUCGCACUGGCAGGGCUUUACAAACAGCCGAUAG